CGAUUUCGACCACUUGAAUAUCAUUACUGUUUAUUUUUAUUAAUCUUUCACACAUUUUUAUGCUUCUCAAAAUACAUUCAACUUUUUUAACAUCAUUUUUUAUAGAUUCCUUUAAAUUCUAACACUUGGUUUUUACAAUAAAUAAUUAAAUGUAACCGCACUUACAUUAAACAUAAUGAUUAAAAUUUACAAAGCACAAUCGAUGUCUAUUACAAUUUUAUUAAUAUCGUAUUUUAUCUUCGUAGGCACAUUGUUUUAUGAUAAUGAUCAGCUAAUUAUGAAAGAUUCAUCUUUUGACAAACGGCACUCUUGCACUAUCAGCUGAUUCAUAACAGAGACCGUAAAUAUGCGUCACGAGUUAAACGUCAAACGUUCAAUUACUCUUAGUAAAAGUUUGACAUUUUGAAAUCUAAUCGAUCACGGGAUAUUAAUAUUCAACGUAGAUACACGAACAUGAAAGGUUUCUUGAGUUUGUACUUCGAACAUGAAGCAACAUAUCACCAGGAGCACAAAUUCUUACAUCGGGUUAAGGUUAGAGAGCACAAAAAUCGGCCAUGUAGUUUUAUCUGCACGACGCGACGCUUGGGAGUGUCUGUUGGAAAUCGAAGAUGUCUUAUCAAUUAGUGGUAGAAUAAGAUUAUGACGAUAGAAAAAUACGUAAUCGCGAAUACUAGAGUUCGAGAUGAGAAAGAGGCGCACGAUGUAUAAAAUUGGUAGCGUUUCACGAUGUACUGCACUAAGCGAUCUACAAGAAGGAGAAGAGACGACAGGUGACUGGUGGCUUCGCCAUGCGCGUUGCUCGCUCGACCUCGGCGUCGCUCGAGCACGCUCGUCAUAGCUCGGGCGCCUCCGGCGGCGAAUGGUGGGGCGAGCAGUGUAUCCGUGACGUCACAUAAUUAGAGUAAAUACAAAGUAGUCUUGAUGGGACAGCGGCGUGCGCCGCACCGUGAGUCGCUGGUCCGCGCGCGUCAAACUUAUAUCGUUUCGAUACACGCACACCGCGUUUGUGUAGCUCGUGAUAUAUCGCGCUAUGUGCCGUCAGUGUGUGUGUGCCAAAGGAUCCUAGAUGACUGUGGGAAUAGUAAGUGACAGUCGUGCAGCAAAGAAAUGGAAAAGAUAGAGGUAGAAGAGUAGUACUGAAGGGAUUCUGAGAAAAUGAAGUUGUUGGGCGGUGCUUGCUUCAGCCACGGUCCGUACACGUUCUAUAAAGCAGUUCGAAUAGGAAACGGUCGUGUACUUCGUCUUGGAAGCUUCUUCCUCACGAAAUUGUGGAGCGAUGCAGAUCUCGUCAGCAUUGGGGAACUUCAGUUGCUGUGGAUGGACAGCAGGGGGCCGAAUCAACCUCUGGCAUCUUUACGGCUGUACUUUUUACCGGAGAACACCCCGGAUGGCCGAAGGGACACGCACGGAGAGGACGAAGUGCUGACGAUAUCGGAAAAGGUGGUCGUGCGGGUUCACGAUCUCGUCACCUGGUUAUCGCCUACGUUGGAAUGGUCGUGGGGUCGCGAGGUGUCUUAUCCACCGACCCCAACGUCAUCUCCGGCAAACAGUCCGCUAAGGUACGAGAUACCACAACCUCAGGUGCUCACCGAUCCUGGCAUCGAUUUCUCAGACGUCGAUAAGCAACAGAAGGAAUACGAAAGCAAUCACAACACAAGGAAAUCGGAUUGUAUUUCUCAAACGAAAGUGGUCGUGCUCUCGUACCCCAGGUACUGUCGAUAUCGAGCACUGUUGCGUAGACUCGAAGGUGCCGAACCGUCCUGGCUUUGCUCGUCCAUAGCAGCUGCACUAGGUGGAUUCACCGCUACACCAGGUACGAGGGUACUCUUCUGCAGAGAUACCUUCGACUACCCGGACCUUGAAACUCAUGAGCUCCUCUGCAAUCACCUAGCGCCGAAAUUAAAAGGAAGACCGAGAAGGAAGCGUAAAAAGCGUAGCGCAUCACCAGGCGAAUCGAGCAACGAGAGCGAGGCUUCCGUGGCGUCUACCUCGAAGAGUGCCCCAGCGAGUUCGAACGUGGUGGUACCGAGCGUUGGAAGGCCACCUUCGUCGGUGGUACGACGAAGCGAGCGAAAGACCACCGCCGAGGAAAAGAAAUUCCUAACGGAUGUGCAGAAUUUCAUGAACUCGCGGGGUACGCCUGUCGGAAAGAUGCCACUGCUGGGCUACAGGCAGAUUGAUCUCUUCCUGUUUUAUACGAAAGUGCAAUUGCUCGGUGGGUACGAUUCCGUCAGUGCUGGUCGACUCUGGAAGAACAUUUACGACGACAUAGGUGGUAAUACAGGAUCCACCAGUGCUGCGACUAUCACACGACGACAUUACGAAAGGUUGCUGUUACCCUACGAGAGGUAUCAAAGAGGAGAGGAAGCGAAAGUUAGACUGACACCUGGAAGGCGAAGUAAGAGUAGCAGCGUGUCCGAGGAGUCCGAAGAUAAUAAGCAAGAGACGAACGAUUCAUAUCCAUCGGAAACGCCUCCCCCUGUAGAAACGAAUGUUACUGCUACAACUCCUCCCCUUCAAUCAAUUGUAUCGUCGGCAGCACCGUUCCUUUCGGGCGAAAAACCGAAGACGGAGACUGGCAAGACAUCGUCUCUGCGUAGCGUAAGAGUGAAACAAGAACGCUUGAAAUCGUUAAAUACUAUGAUUGCCAAUAGUACGCCAUCGCCCAGCCAGCAAACAAGCCAACUACCAAGUCCACCACCUUCUUCUAAUACGUCAAUUUCAACGCCGAGUAGUACACCUUCUACGACACCCACGAAUGGUACUGGAAGUCAAAGUGUAUUAGAGAGGCAGCUCAACAGUCCUCUGAUAUCGCAACAAGUUCCACCGUCGUGUUCACCGCCGGGUCUUCCGGUAACUACAGUGGUAACGAAUGCUUCUACGGUGGUAACGUUAACACCACCGCCGGAGAAGGAUAUGAAAGAAAUCAAAUUAGAUCCUAAACAAACCACCCUGUUGGCUCAGGGUAAGGAGAACAUACCGUUGUUCGGCGAGAAGUCAAUUUUCGCGGAGAAGACGAUAGUGCCUCCCAGAUCACCAGAAGUGAUUGACCUUGAAACGGAGAGUGACACGAGUAGGGAUAAGAUAAUCAUUCCCAGUUUUAAGAAACGUAAAUUGGAAAUACUUCGCGAGGGUGGUCUUGAAGUUACUGCCGUUGACUUGGAUACGCGACCCAGCGUGAUUCAAAGCAAUCCCCCUGCGCCAGCAACAAUGAAAUCCGAAGAAAAGCCGCCAAUAUCGUAUCCUCUUCCAGUCACACCUAAUUCCAUUCCUAAGUUGAUUUCCGUCACCGUAACGCCGGACAUAGGGCAUAUGUUAUCGUCUCCUCAAGAGCAUCAACAUCAUCAUCAUCAUCAAGCACGGUUACAAACGCCGACCAAGCAACAUCCUGCUCAUCACAAUAACAAUAAUAACAUUAUGAUGAAUAAUAAUAAUAUGGUGAACAGCCGCGUAAUAAAUCUUGGUACUUCUAAUAACGCCGCGUUGCUACAAUUGUACGCGAAUGCUAAUGUUCCGCCACCAGCGUCGUCAGGGUUGCAUCAAGCAAAUCAUCGUUUCGUACCGCCAAUUGUUCCUAACGGUAGGAUAUUUCCGCCCAAGGUGACACAGUCAAAGUCGAUAUUCGCACACAACGAAAAAAUGGUUUACGGAGAUCCAAAAGAGAUUCCUAUCCCUCCAAAGUAUCGUUCCACGCUGCAUCGUUUGCAGCCGCAUCAGAUACACAAUAAUAACGACCCUGUGUACGGCGGGGUCCUCGACUUAACACAAAAAUCGAACAAGCCGGUGUUUCCGAGGCCGAGCUUAGAAAUAGUGAAAGUACCUGUAGUGCCGAGGCCUAAUCCAUUAAACUUGGAGAUGAGGAACUCGUCGAUUAAAGAGAAACCAACAGAUUGUUCGAAACGAAGUACCUUCCCUGGUUACCAGAACGUACUCGACAGUCGAACGAUGGCUUCGAAUAACUUAGAAAUUACGAUCGUAAACCCUAAGCAAAAAAAUAAUCACUUAAGUACACCGACGCAUGUUCGGGUAUCGAGUCCAUCUAGAAAUAACGCGAUACCUGUGCAAAGAAGGCAACACCUGAAUGGCAAGUACACGACGAGGAGUGAACCAGUUUCACCGUACACACCUAGGAAGCCGAGUCAUCCUGUUAUACCGAAUGUACCUAAUCUAAAUCACCUGAAUAGUGGAAAUUAUCCUAGAAUGGCAACGAUUCAGCAACAGAAUACGAUCGAUAGGAGAAAAAACAUAGAAAUGAGCGGUGGUAAGGAGCAGCAUCAGUAUCAGCAGCAUUCACUUCAACAUCAGCAUCAUCACCAGCACCAACAUAUGCAUCAACAACAUCAACAGCAACAGCGUCGAAUCAGUGAGGGCGAUAAAUCGUUAAUCACUCAACAACAACAGCAACAACAACAACACCAGCCACAGGAACCGAGGCAAACCGAAGCUGGAAGACGGCACAGUGUUCCGAGUAUACCUUCUGGUUAUGUACCUACGGUACCGCAAAACAAUCCAGCUUUCUUUCCACAACUGCCAAACACGCCCGGCAAGUUCCUACCGAUUUUAGACCCCAUGUACUAUUCCGCAUUCUAUAAUGGUUUAUUUCCCCCGCCGAUUCCGCCCACGGCUGCCACGUCGUUUUUACCGCCGGAAUUUAGUGCGUACUACAAAGAAUUACUUGCUUCCUCGCAACCAAGACUGGGGAUGGCGGGGCAGCAUCAGCCAGCUGCUCCAACGUCUAAGUAGACAAUGGGAUCUCAUCUAGGGUUUCCGAUGUGUAACGAAUAUCGGUUUCAUUUCUAGAGACAAAGAUCCGUCGGAUUCCUCGCUUCGAAUUCUAUUUUCACUGAAAUUACUCGAUGGGGAAUUUCCUCGUAAUUGUCAAUAAAUAAUAAAGACAUUCAGCGAAUAAACUUAAAUCGCGAUAGAAGAAUGUCUGUUUACGUUAUCGUUUAAGCAUUUUCCGACGAUCAUUUAAAAAUACACUGUCGUUUUGAAUAACAUUCUAAAUAUUCAAUUGUAACGAUAUAGGAAGAAUAAUACAGUGUCGUUCAAACGUAAAAAAUAAAAAAAGAGGAGAUCGAACGAAGUUCGAACCACAAACGAAAAAUAGGUGCAUACAGUGAAAUAAGUGUGUACAUGCAUAUAUCAUGCAAUAAAUUAGGUAAUAAUUUUUUAUAUGUAACAAUAAUAACGAGAUAACUUCAUUGUAAAUGGAAAUCGAUGAAACGAUGUUUCGGUCUUAUUUUAAUUUUUAUAUAUAUUCGAGAGGAUAUUCGAUAUUAAUUAAGAAAAACGUACUAAAACACUGUGAUAACGAUUAAAGGGAAAGAAGAAAAAAAGCAAAAAAAAAAAAAAGGGAUUAAGAAGAAAGAAAAAUACUAAACUCAAUAUUAGAAAUGAAUGAACGCAGUUGACUGUUUUUCAUUCAAUAAAACAAUUUUUUCAACGUUCAUUCUUCAUAAAGUUUAAAUGUACAUUCGUAAUGGUCAAAUGUUAGGAAUAAUCAAUUAAGAAAUUCAGUGACUAUUUUACGUUCUUUUUUUUAUAUCUUUCCGCGAAAAUGCAAAUUUUUUCCGGAGAUUAAUUCAAUUCUCCAUUAUGAGUCCAAAUUUCUUAAUUUCGAACGUGCGAUGUGAUAACUAAAUAAAUAUAUAAAUAAAUAAAGAAAUAUAUAUAAAUACACAUACAUGUAUAUCAUAUAUAUAUAUGUAUAUAUAUAUACAUAUAUGUGUAUAUGCGGGAUCUUUAACCGACGGAUCGCCAGAAUGUAUAAUUGUUUAUUGUAUAACGAUAAAUCUUACGUAGUAACGAUCGCGAGAACCCUAUUCUACUGUGUAAGUUUAGACAAUUUUCAUUGUAUUGACACGUACACACUAUCACCAUACACACUAAUCUGUAGUCAGCUCUAACAAAUAAGUGCACGCAAGCGAUGUUAUAGCAACGAGAUAUGUAUAUAUUGUAUAUAAUCACGUAUUCGUUAAGCUAGAUAAAUUCCCUGCAUUAUAUCUUUCAAUAUUACAUAAGUGCGUUAAGAUUUAGUAAAUGUACAGGCUGUCUUAUUUGUGUGGCCAACGAUAGUCGUAUCGCUGCAUAUAUAUAAAUAUAUUCUUAUUAGGGUGCAACGCAAUAUUUUGCAGAAUACUUCUAGAAAAUCUCUUGUACAUUGAACUAUAACGAAACGAAAGCGUAGAUAAAAAAAAGGAAAUGUUUUCAUUUUUUAUUGACAGAGAGAUUGCUCGUGAAAAAUAGCAAAUCAGAGAGAAAAAGGAAAAAGAAGCAUGCGAAUCUUUUAUUUUAAAUUCCACUUAAGGAGCACCAUCGCAUAAUUGACUGAUUAAAUACGCGUGAUCGCUGCCGAAAGCGAUCGAACAUCGCGGGCCACCAAAGUUCUGAAGAAAAGAAAAAAAGUACCGAUGGUAUAUCCAUGUUAAAUGUAGACAUAUUAAUAGAAUUUGUUCGUUUUAGGAUACUCUGAUAAAGGAAAAAAAAACAAAAAUAAAAUAUCAGAUAAUGUUAAAAAAAAACAUUCGUACCCCUAAAACGUACAAGAGUGUAAAAGGUCCUCGCCUGACCAUUCUAGCAAAAUCAGAUUUCUAUAUCGAUGUCUUUCAACUAUAAGUUGUUCAUGUUUGGAAGUUCUUUUACGAAACAAGAGUGAAAUGGUGAGCGUUGUUGGAACUUACGAUCGCGGUUUUUUGAAAGGUCUUCAAGCUACGCCCGACGCGCCGAAAAGUAGAAAUCAUUUUUCUUUUCUUUUUUUUUUUUUUUUACUUCAAUUGAUUCUAUUAUCAUCGUAGCAUAAAAGGAGCACGAAUUAUUUUUUUUAUAUAACAAAUAAUCGUUUGAUUAGAUUUGCCUUGAAACGCUUCUCUUGUUCUAAUGGUGCUAUGUUGCAAGGUAUUUGUAAGAAAAAGUUCUUGUUUUUUUUUCUUUUUUGAGCUUUUACGAAGGAAAACCGUCGGGAAUCGACAAAGAUCGUUGACGUAUUCCGAAAGAAAUACGAUCUAAGACAGACCUUCUUCACGUCCAAGUCUGAUAAACCGUAUUUCGAAGGUAAAAAGACUUCUGAUUUCAGAGUGUAUGUAUAUAUCAAAAGCAGAUCCGUUAUUGUUGCGAUUACGAUAUAAUUCCGCGAAAUUCAUUUAACAAUGGCUAAACGAAAUGGAAGAAGUGGUAUGAAGAAGAGGAAAAAGUUUUCUUUUUCUCGGAACAGAGAGUAAAAAAAAAAAAAAGAAAGAAAAGUAAAAGGAAGGGCUUGUACGAGAAUACGUGCCAUAAAACUGCUUAGAUAAUGACUUUCAAAAUCGAACGAUAACGACGGUCGUUUGUAUGUGCUUUUAACGAGCCCUUUAAAUCAACUAGAAAGACUAUAAGAAUGUAGAAGAAAGUUUAAAUGAAAGGAAAGAAGUGCAAAAUUCCAUAGGGGAGAUUUUAUGUAAUUUCUUUUUGUUUUGUUACCGUGGAUGUUUUAAUCUCGAAUUAUAGUGCGUGAGCGAUAAAGAGAGAAGAAACUUGAAAGAAUGUACGUAUGUAUGUGAGAGGGAGAAACAAGAAAAAAAAAGCAAAUGAGAGAGACAUCAAAGAUGCGCGAUGAGAUAAGAAUGUAUGAAUGCGAAUACAGAGCAGAAAUUAGAGAACGAUUAAUAUUCAAAAAAAAAAAGAAAAAAAGAAAGUCUAUGUUCGUUUUUUGUUUUUUUUUUUGCGAGUUUUUCUUCAUUUUGUAUACUUAGCAAGUGACUUUUUAGCGUAACCCUCGUUUCCCAAUUUAAUAAUAAUUAUUAUUACGAUAUAAAUAUUUUUUAUUAUAUGGGCAUUUCAGUUCCUAACUUGGAAAUAAAAUAUCUACUACGAAUGAAUUCGUUAUUAACAGAAUUCAAGCAAGUGAACGUGUUUCUCCCUUUAGAAGUUAUAAUAUUUGACAUUUUUUAUUUAAAACAUCUAAAUUUUUAUUUGAAGUUUAAAAUAAAACGAUUUGAAACUCGAAA